AUGGCCUCCUGGCGGCGGAGCUGCCGCGAGGGCCUGGAGAUCCGCCCGAGCGUUGGCAAAGGCUUGGGGCUUUUCACCACCAAAGCCUUGGAGGAGGGCGAAGAGCUUUUUGAAGAAGACCCUGUUUGUGGGAUGGCGCUGCUGAUGUUUGACCAGCCGAAUGGGCGGCGGCAUUGCCAGCACUGCAUGCGAUUUCUACCCGAGACUUUGGAAGGUGGCACAUCCGUUUGCUGUGCCGCCGGUUGCGGGGCCUUUUACUGCACGAAGGCCUGCCGAGAAGAGGCCUGGGCGCAUCAUUCCGUGCUGUGCGGCGCCAACGAAUGCUGGGCCAACUUCGAGCAAGAAGCGCGCGAAUGUUGCAAUGAGUACUACAUCCUGGCGGCUAGGGCGCUGGCCUCUUUGAGGGCUGAUACCUUGGAGGAGGAUCUUUGGGAGCAGAGUCCUUGGUCGGGCUAUGCCUCUCCUGCCUGGUGGGAGACCAUGAAACGGCCCAAGUAUGAGGACUCGGACAGCGAGAGUUCCGCGUCGCAUGGCGAGUCCAGUUCCGCCGACCUGGACUCGGAGGACGAGGCGUCCUUGGAUCGUUUCUUCCAGUCGACGGUGCGCGACCAGACAUGUGACAUGGGCCAAAAGCUGCUCUCAGUGCUGGAAGGUCAGGUGAGCUCUUUGGCAGAGGCUCUGCUGCGUGCGGGGCCGGAGCCGCUGGGCCGUCUGAUGGGCCUUUUGAGGGUCAAUGCCAUGGCGCUGCAUGCCUUUCGCCAGGUGGGUGAGGAUGAAGAUCAGGACUUGGCUAGGGGAAUGGCAAUCUACAGCUUGACGUCCGCCAUGAACCAUGAUGGAGAAGCCAAUUGCUUCGUGUCCAGCGACCCGGACAUGCCACAGCGAUGCCUGGUGCGGACACUGCGACGGGUGGAGCCUGAGGAAGAGCUUUGCAUUGAUUACCUGCAGGGCUCUCCUUACACCACAGAGCAGCGGUGCCAGGUGUCCUUGUGCCAACGAGCCUCAGCAAACCUUUUCAGCUUGACUCUUUCCAACCGCGUGGUCGGCCUGGGUGUCCCGAUGCGGCUCCUGGGCGUGGAUCCGCCGGCCCAGCGCUCUGCGGCUCAGCCCGAUGCCCCGUGGGCGCCUGAAGCGGAAGUUAUGGAGGGAGUGAAUUCUGUCUCUGGCGAUGUCCUGCGGAUAAGCCUUGCCGGCGAGCCACCGCCUAAACUAGGGCAGAAGGCGGCCAUCCAAGCUCCAGAGGAGAAAAACGUCGAAAGACCCUAUGACAUCGUCAUCCUGGGGGCCACCGGCUUCACAGGACGGCUCAUGGUGCAACACUUGGAUUCUUUGAUCUGUGCUGGGCAAGCGAAGGUCCGGGCGUGGGCAUUGGUCGGGCGCCACGCGCAAAAGUUAAGGACAGUGGCUGCUUCUUGCCGCACCUCGCCCACAACACUCGUGGCGGAGGGCGACGCAGUGGAGGAGGUCGUUCGGCAGGCCUUUGUAGUCAUUGCAGCUGCAGGACCGUAUGCCCUUUGUGGUGAAGCGGUGGUCCGAGCAUGCGUCCGGAGCAGCACGCACUAUGUGGAUGUGGCCGGAGAGACGGUGUGGAUGCACGAGAUGCUCCGACGCUACCAUGAAGAAGCCAAGCAGAAGGGCCUUCUGCUGGUGAAUGCUUGUGCGCAGGUCUGUGCCAUCGAUGACGUCAACUGCUACUUGUUGGCCAAGCACCUGGGCCCGCUGAAACAAUUUCGGGAGUACUUCUUCUCGUAUGGAGGCACCACUGGAGGAACCUUCCUCUCUGGAGCCACCAACAUGGAGGGAAUGACGGAGGAGAGACUUCGGGUGCAGAACGAUCCCUACAGCCUGGGCGGCCAAAGAGCCGGUGGUGCGCGAGAGGUGGACUUGGAUUGCAGUGCAGCUGCUCAGGACUCAAUCUAUCCGGCCCUUUGGCUACUACCGGCCUACAACGGCCAUACGGGUGGCCGUAUCGUGCGACGCAGUUGCCAGCUCUUUGAGGGCGAGGAAGGACCGAUGGACCGGGCCCAGCUACGGCUCGCAGCUGGUGGUGCAAAUUCGGGACGCCGCCGGGGAAACCGAGUUGACUCGGGAGGAUGGGCUCUCUGGGGCUCUCUGGGCUUCGAUGGUGUAAUGUGGUAUGAGUGUGUACUUCGGCCACGACGAUUGCCGCCCUGGGUUCUUGGACUCAACUUGGAAAGUCUGGAGCCCCCCAACUUCAAACGCCUGGCGCAACGACCCCACGGGCCAGCGAAUCGACGGCCAGUGGUGGAAUUCAUGUCCAUCUACUCCGAGUGUGCCACCUGCAUCGGCCGACCUGCAUACAUCGGGAAUGACACCGAACUGAAGGGGAACGACACCGUGCGCCCGUGCGCGAAGGACUCGCAGGAUUCUCUCCCGCAGUGA